UUUUUUUUUAAAAAAAACCUUACAUUUUGUGCAUUACUUUAAGAGGUCAGAUAUCCUUCUUAACCAAAGAAAAAAAUACGAUGGUGAACAAAGAUUUAAUUUGUCAAUUACAAUAUCGGGAUUCUGCAAAGUAUCCAAAUAAUUACUUUUUAAUUGCAAGUCAUGCAGUUAAUAUUGCCUUUACACUACUUUUUAAUGUUGCAUUAGUUUUGGGAUUAUAUUUUACAACAAGAAAAAAAAAAUACUCCCGAAACGAAAAGCUUGUAAUAGUUUUAUCGAUUGCUGAUAUAACAAAUACUUUGGUAGUUUCAACAUCUCAAAUGGUAUUGCUUAAACGUCUUGAGUACUUUGGAUGUUUAGAGAUCUCAACAAUAUUAUUUUUUCGCGUUUGGUUUCUAGGUGUAACUUGCUCGAUUUUUGUAAUGAUAUCAUGGGAAAGGUUUUUUACUGUUCUGUAUAACAACAAAAUUUGUGGGAUUACUAUUAAUGAUGCACAUUCGAUUGGAUACUUUGUCUUAGUUAUUUUUUUCUCCUUUUUAGCUGGAAUUUGUUAUGGAUUCAUCUAUGCUUCUUCAAACAUGUAUCUACAGUUUUUACUAUACAUUGGAACUGGUUGCUUUACUUUGGUUUUACUUUUAAUGAUUGUUGUUGCAAACAUUUCAACACUAAAUGGAAUUAAGAAAAAAUUAAAACACAGUUCUCUUGAAGUUCAGAGAAACGCGGCACUUGAAAGUCGUAUCACAAAAACGGUAGUCAUAACUUCUCUUGCUCAUGUGUUGUUUUUUUGUCCUUGCAUUGCGGCCCAGUACUACAUGUCGUUUAUAUUUUCAAAAGAUGAUAUUUAUAUAAUUCCUCCUGCUUUGAAGAUACUUAUAUGGACACUAGUAAUCAGGAAAACAAGUUCUUGGAUAAAUGCAAUUAUUUAUACCUUAAGAAACAGAAAACUUUCCAGAUUUUAUUAUGCAAGAAUAAACUAUAUAUUUGGAAAUAGAAGCGUUAAAACUGUUCCGGUUAAAUUCACUCGUUGAAUAAAGUUAAACUACGAUAUUAUCAAAAUAAAUUUGUAUACUAAAAUGUUCUGCACUAUAACUAUGCAUUACUUUAAAACUAUGAAAUUUUUUACCUACCGAAAUCACAUACCUACCGAGAGGAGUGCUGAACUAAUGAUCUUGUCUGGGUAGUAACUGUUACUCGUUUUGCUUUAAAUUUUUAAUGCGUUUAUGCUUAUCUGCAAUUUUGUACAGUUAACUUUGUAUCAGCUUAUUCUUUUAAGAUUAGGAUAAAAAAUUAUGAAAACA